AAUUCUUAUAAUAAUUAAAGGACCAAAUUUCUUUAUAAAUACGUUUCAAAAAAUACCUUUUAAUUAAAAUAUUUUUUUUUUGAAAAAAAAUAUAUAUAAUAAUAAACAAUUUUCUUUUUCCCUUUUUUUGUUGUAAAAAAAAAAUUCGUGAAAAAUGACUAUUACAGUUAUCGGAUCCCCUGCAUCUCCUUUCAGUCUUAUCUUAAUAUACGUCCUUAAAGAAUUAGGAUUAUCUUUUGAAAACGUUCCAACAACCCACGAAGAUAUUAAAACUCCAGAAUAUUUGGCUACCAAACAUCCUUUCGGUAGAUCUCCUGUUCUUAACGAUGACGGAUUCCAAGUUUACGAAUCUCGUGCAAUAGCUCGUUAUUUGGCAAGUAAAUAUCAGGGAACCAAAACUUCCACCAUUCUUAUUCCUUCUGAUGUACAAAAAGCCGCUUUGGUAGAACAAUUCAUUUCAGUAGAGAUCUCUUAUUAUUUUCCACCUCUAUUUAAAUUGCUUACGCAAUUAAUAGCGGUGAGAAGACAAGGCAAUGAACCUGAUCUUAAAAUUGUUGAAGAAGCUCGUGAAGAGCUUGGGAAGACUUUAGAUGUUUAUGAAAAAUUAUUGGAGGGUAAAGAUUAUUUAACUGGGGAAUUUUCUUUAGCUGAUAUUAUUCAUCUUCCUCUUACCUAUUAUGCUAUUAACUCUGCUGGUGAAGGUGGUUUAUGGAAUAAACGUCCUAAUGUUUCUAGAUGGUUGAAGAACCUUAACGAACGUGAAUGUUGGAAGAAUAUUGUUACUGAAUAUAAAUUAUCAGAACAUAUAUAAUAUUUUUUUUUUUAAAAAAAAAAA